AUGAGUUUCCCUGAGGAGCCACCAGGGGGAGCUACUGCGUCUGCCUGGGGAGAAGAGAACGUGGGGCCAGAGGGCGCUAAUGAGCAGCAGAGGCCUUUGCCUGCUGGGGGGAGCGACCAGAAGAUUGCUGCCAGCCUCCAACUGAGGGGAGACCAGCCAGAUGAACCAGAGGGAUUUGACAGGUCAGAAAGGCGAUCCUCUCCUGUGCCCAGUCUGAUGUCCAUGCAGAGUGACUGGUCCAUGCUGAGUGACUCGUCAAUGGAGGGUCCAUGGAGAUUCAUCCUCACAUGUGUCUGGGUUCAUAGGUCAGAAAGGCGAUCUUCUCCUGUGCCCAGUCUGAUGUCCAUGCAGAGUGACUGGUCCAUGCAGAGUGACUCGUCAAUGGAGGGUCCAUGGAGAUUCUGUGGAGAAGGACAAGAGAAGGCCACUAAUGUGUCAGCUGAGCAGGUGCUGUGUGAUGUUUGCCUAAGUCCAGCUGUGAAGAGCUGCCUGACCUGCAUGGACUCCUACUGUAUGAGCUGCAUCAGACCGCACUACUGUGACCCAGACCUGCAGAGACACCAGCUGCAGGACCUCCAGCUGCACGGGCAUGAUGCCACUGGGCAGGUGGGCACGGAUAGAGGCCAGGUGCAGAUCAGUAGUCUGGGCAGUGAUUAUUAUGUGUUACAGCAGGAUCCCCACAAGCCAUCCAUCAACAAAGAGUAUGUUCCUCCACCUGGACAGAUCCGGUUCCCCUCAGUGACACCAGACUCAGUUACUGUCAGCUGGCCACCACCAGAGGGCGCUGGAGCCCACAGCUACAGGGUGAGCUGGAGAGGAGCCCAGAAAGAGCGCAGCUCCACAGUGGAAGGUCUGAAGAUGGAGGUGACAGGGCUUCUUCCAGGACAGAAGUACCACUUCACUGUGGCCACCCUCACAGAAGAUGGGCGUCAGAGUGCAUGUGUGGAGAGAUUUGUCUACACAAAAUCAGUUCGAGACAGCAACCUGAAGCACAGAAAUGUCACGCGAGAUCUCACAUGUCUCUCAUUCUAUUAUGUUUCAGAUCUAAGAGAGCGUCCAGAUGAACUCCGAAUAGUGCUGCUGGGGAAGACUGGAGUUGGGAAGAGCUCGACAGGAAACACCAUCUUAGGGAGAGAAGUGUUUGAGGCUGAACCAUCUGCUGAAUCAGUCACUAGCACGUGUCAGAGAGAGGUGGCUGAAGUCAAUGGGAGGCAGAUUAGAGUGAUUGACACACCAGGGUUGUUUGAUACUGAGCUUAGUAAUGAGGAGAUUCAGAGAGAAAUCUCUAACUGCAUUUCGCUGGUACUACCAGGCCCACACGUGUUCCUCCUGGUAAUACCACUGAAACGGUUUACUUUAGAGGGCAGAGAGGCAAUAACGUUCAUUCGAAACACUUUUGGUGAAAACUCCAUCAAGUAUGCUAUAGUGCUCUUCACAAGAGGAGAUGAUCUGAGGAACAAGUCCAUUGAACAGUUCCUGGGACAAUCUAGAUCUCCUAUUAUGACCCUCAUUCAACAAUGUGGUAACAGAUACCAUGUGUUUAACAACAACAACACCAGCGACCGUACUCAGGUUUCUGCUCUCCUGGAGAAAAUCAACAAAAUGGUGGCAGGAAAUGGAGGAGGCUAUUACACUAGUUGGAUGUUCCAGCAGCAACACGAAAUGGAGAGAAAGAUGAAGGAGAGAGAGAAGGAACUGAUUAGAGAAAUGGAGAACAUGAGAUUGGAGAAGGAAGCUCUUCAGGCCAAAUAUGAAGCACAACUGGAGAGAAUGAAGAAGAAAAUGGAACAAGAAAGAAAGAAUGCAGAUGAAGAGAAAAGAAGAAGAGACAAAGAGUUCAGGGAAAGAGAGCAACGAUUCUAAACAGAAAUGAAAGAAAAAUAAGAGCAGGAGGAACCGAUAGAAAUAGAAAGAGAGAAGAGGAGAAAGGAGCAAAUUUGGAAUGAUCAAUAUCAGAGACUUAUAACUCUUAGAACCUGAUUGCCGCAAAGUGUGUAAAAAAAACACCCAUUCUU